GAUUUGGGCGUUCAGUGCGAGUGUGUGAGAGAGAAAGGAAGACAUGGCGGCGGCGUCGACGAGUGGCAGCAGCCGCGACAUAGGCGGCAGCGGAGGAGGGUUGGCGGCAGGGGAGAUGGAGGUGGAAGCGUAUCGCCGCCUCUUUCCCCUCCCCUUCUACGAGCGCCACCUCCUCGACUCCGUCCGCCCCGACGCCCGCCCUCUUCAUCGCGCCCGUGAUACUUCCAUUGCCCUCGGCCCUGUUGCUUCUGCUGAUGGCUCUGCUUUGGUCAAGAUUGGCGACACGACAAUGCUAGCAGCGAUCAAGCUUGAGGUCAUGACCCCAUCUGCUGAUGCGCCUGAUGAGGGCUCUUUAGCUAUUGAGUUCCACAUGCCACCAAUUUGUUCGCCGAUUGUUAGGCCUGGGAGACCAGCGGAGGUAGCUCCUGUAGUUUCAAAGCAAUUGUCAGAUGUUAUAAUGAGUUCUGGGAUGAUAAAUUUAAAGGAGCUUUCUUUGAUUACUGGAAAAGCUGCAUGGAUGGCCUAUCUGGAUAUUUAUUGUCUCAACGCUGAUGGCUCUCUAUUUGAUGCCGCACUACUUUCUGCAAUUGCUGCAUUCUCUCACUUGCAAAUCCCCCUUGUUUCUCUCAGUGAUGAUGGAAGAGUAGUUGCAGUUUCUGGGGAUCUACUGGAAGAUGAAUCAACACCAGAAUUGGUUAAUAAAGAGAGGAAGCUUUUGCUGCACAGUAUCCCAUUUUCUCUAACAUGCAUACUUCACAAAAAGUACAUCUUGGCAGACCCAACUGCUGAGGAAGAGUCAAUUAUGGAAACUUCUAUAACUGUAGUUUUGGAUUCUUCAGAGCGGCUGGUGUCGAUCUAUAAGCCGGGGGGACCAGUUCUUGCCCACACAUCAACUGUUAAGGAUUGCAUCGUUCUCACAAAACAUAGAAUGAAGGAGCUGCAGAAUAUAUUAGAGGAAUCCCUUUCUGCCAUGGAGGUAGUCUAGCUCUUGUUUGUUGGAGCAAGCUGUCAUUUGAUGUCUAUGGGUGUCAUCAGGCAUAAAAAUUUGCGCUCAGUUCUGUUGGUCUUCGAGAAUCUGAUUUAGAUUCUGGUCCAAAAUCAUGUACUCAAUGCUCUACUGCUUGCAAUGUAUGAUCGAGAUCUGAAAAUUGAGAGUGGGAAAGAAAAGGCAUGCCUAGAAUCAGAUGGACAUUUAGCCGAAAUGAUUAAUCUGAGCGGAUGGAAACAAUGGAUGCAUAGUUUCUCUUCCUCCUUUUGCUCUGUUGCCAUGAUUUCGACUGGAGUAAGCUGAGGGUAUUACUAUUCUUUACCAAUUCGAGUUACUUUUUUAUUUUUUGUCUGACCUAAGAUCUGCAUCUGGUGCAUAGCUUUUGGACUUUAAUACCUAAUGAUAGGGAUGAAACAAGAAAAACUGCAACAAGGCCAUGAGUGCAUGAAGAACUUGUGGUUUAGGUUUUUGUUUGUCUUAUAUGAGUUUACUCUUCCUUCA